CAAUGAUUGUUUACUCUCGACCUUCCUUCAGAAUUUCGUAAAAUUUUCUCUCGUUUAACUCAAUUAUUUUGUGGAAUUUAGACGCCGGAAAUGGGAAAGAGCAAAAGAGAAUACAGAGAGGAUGAGCCAUGCGGAGACAGCAGCCACACGAGUGACAGUUCGGGCAGCAGCAGCAACAGCAACAACAGCUCAGGCAGUGGCAGCGAGGACAGCUACAGUAGCGAGCGGGAGAAGAAACGAAAACGCGUGAAAAAGAGCUCGAAGCCGAAAAAAGCCCGGCAGGAGAGCCCCGGAGAGUACGAGCCCAGGCACGACGACCACAAGCACAGGAGUCGGAAGCACAAGCACCACCACCGCAAACACAAGCACAAACACAGGCACCACCGCCACCACCGCGGAGGGGAGGAGGAGCACCACCAUGCCAGGAGAGGCACGUCCAGAGACAGGAGCGAGGCCAGAAGAAGCAGAGAGGACGAGAGGAGGGGCAGGGAGAAGGGGGAGGAGGACAAGGCCGAGAAGGAGAGAAGAGUAAAAAGAGAGGAGAGGAAGAAUAGAGAGAGAUAUGAAAACAGGCAGGUGAAGAGCAGGUGGGAUGACGACGACGAGCCGCAGUACGACCCCAACAAAAGAAUCAAAGCGGAGCCGGACCGAGAGGAAGGGAGCAGUAGCAGAGAACACGACAGCAGGAGAACUGCAGAAGACCAGGGUGGGAGAAGGGAUCGCCGAGAGGGGCCGAGGGAGAUCCAGUCGGAGAAUGGGAGAUCUAGAGGCAACGUCGAGGAAGCGAGAGCAGUGGUGAAGGAGAACGUGGAGGACAAUGUCAAGGAUGAGGAGGAGGAGGAGGAGCUGCAGAAGCCAAAUUUGGGACUCUCAGGAAAACUGACCGAGGACACAAAUACCUACAAUGGGGUUGUGAUCAAGUACUCGCAACCUCCUGAGGCGAGAAAACCCAAGAGAAGAUGGAGAUGGUACAUAUUCAAAGGCGAUGAAGACCUGCCGUUCUUGCCGCUCCACCGACAGAGUGCCUACCUCAUCGGCAGAGAUCGCAAAGUGGCAGACAUCCCAACAGACCACCCGUCCUGCUCCAAACAGCAUGCCGUCCUCCAGUACCGACUCGUGACCUACAACCGAGAAGACGGGACGAAAGGUCGCACAGUAAAGCCAUACAUCCUAGACCUUGAGUCUGCCAACGGGACAUAUGUCAACAACCGCCGCAUCGAUCCCCGCCGGUACGUGGAAUUGCUCGAGAAGGAUGUGGUGAAGUUCGGCUACAGCUCAAGGGAAUACAUCCUUCUGCAUGAGGGCUCAAAGGGCGAAGACCAGAACGCGCCCGAUACGGGUAUCGACCUCAGCCCCGUGUCCCUUCUCAGGAGUUAGUAGAGGGGAAGGGGGAGUGUCUACCGAAGUUAAGAAACAUAAACAAAAACAAUAAAAGAACAAAAUACAAAAAUAUAUAUA